AUGCCUCCUACAGAAACAUCACAGGAGUGUGGCAACCCUAAAUGCGACAACACAUCCAGCUCGGCGUCUUUGCAACUAUGUGGUCGCUGCAAAAAGGUUUAUUUCUGCUCUAAAGACUGCCAGGUCGCCUUCUGGCCGACACAUAAAAAAAGAUGCGUCCCUCGGAACUACAUUGUGAAGUUCGAGCUAUCACCCAAGCAGAUCACAGACCUGCCUAUCUUCCGCACACUCUCCUGUCCCGCCGACGCUGAUUUCCAUCGUCUGCACAUGGCCCUGCAAAUCGCUUUCGGCUGGGCGACUACCCAUUGCUUCGAAUUCGAGGCCUCCCAUAUACCCUCGCCCGACAUGAUAGCCACGAUCCAAGAAAUGUGGAGGAAUCCUAGACCCGAGCAACAACCCGGCUCAUAUUUUCCAGAUCAACCCCUACUCCGCGUUGUCGACCCCAACAUGGAGGAUGAUGAGUCCUUCGGGUUCGACUUUCAGUCAUCCUUGGCCCCACAACGCCCUAAACCCAUAGAGAAGAAAGCUGGCUCUUUUAUGCUGUAUAACUUAUUCGAUAACCCGAAGUACGCCGGCUAUAAGAUGGUCUAUAAUUACGACUUCGGCGACAGCUGGGAGCACGAAAUGACGCUCUUAGGGUAUGGCGGCGCUACGGACAACUUCGUGUGCAUCGAUGGUGCCGGCCAUUGUGCAGCUGAGGACGUAGGCGGUCCAAUGGGUUGGCAGGAUCUCAAGGAAGCGUACCGUACCGCGAACCCUGAUGGAGAUCAGCGCCACAAAAUGUGGUGGUAUGAACAUAAAUGUAGUAAUGCGGACGCCGCAGGUCUAGCGGGUGAGAGAGUCCAUGUGUGGGACCGCCUACGCAUCAAUGAACAGCUCAAGAAUGAGUGA